GGUUCUAUCAUUUUCCGGUGAAUCAUUUCAAUUCUAAUUAUCUACAAAAAUACUAUAUUUCGAAACUGCUGCUUAUUUUCUAUGGACGUUUUUGCUGUAGUCCAGUGAAAAUAUUACUUAUAACACCAUAUCACUAUGAUUAAACUGAAAAAAUAUUAUUGUCUAACAGUAACCGCUAAAUAAGUUUUCUACACAUAAUUAGGUAAAUACACAUACGGCAGUGAAUAUAUUUAUAACAAUUUCUAUACAAUGUUCAUUUUAUUACAUGUGACAUUAUUCAUUACACAUUGCACUAACUUAAUCCAAACAACAUCGUCUCCACCAGUUGAUCAUGAAUAUUAUAUUCAAGAAGAAGUAUCCAUCGGGACCUUGAUAGGCAAUUUAAUGAAUGAUGUUGUACUCAAGUAUGCAGAGCUGGGAUUACUUAAAAUUUCUCAUAAACUCGGUCAACUUCCCGAUGAUUCAGAUGAAUAUUACACUUUGAAGAUAGUUAAUUUUGCUGAUCCAUUUGUAAAUUUAUUUGAGAUUAAAACUGACGGACGCUUAACUGUGAACAGACGGCUAGAUCGUGAUCAAAUAUGUUCUGGUCAGCCACAGUUAGACUCGUCUGUUAUAACAGGUGAACAGUCACAACCAGUGUCAAAUAUGUAUUCAAAUAUACGUCAGCAAGCGAACAUGCAAACAGAAAGUACUUCUUGUCCUGUAAUCCUACAAAUUGGUUUAUUUAUCCAUCAUAAAAAUUCUAUGACCAAUAAAAUAGAAACAGAUAUAAAAGAGAAAAAACAAAAUCGAUUAUUUUAUAUACGGAUUAAUAUUCAAGAUAUUAAUGAUAAUGCACCAUAUUGGCAAGGUCAUCUACAAAGAUUCCGUAUCACAUUCUUAGAUGGUGAUCCAGUUGGUUCACGUCGUAAUAUACCACCAGCUAUAGAUAUUGAUGCAGGUUCAAAUGGUCAUAUAACAUAUGAGCUAAGUUCAGCUAACCUAUUCGAUAAAUCACCCAUACCAUUCAGUUUGCUUGAAGAUUCAACUGAUGGCUUACAUUUAUAUGCAACGAAGCCUAUAGAUCGUGAAGAACAAUCAGAAUACAAGUUAAUAUUGAAGGCGAUAGAUGGAUCGUAUACACCAUCUACUUCAACUUCAUCAAUACUGUCAAAUGAAUCUAAUUUAAAACGAUUCACCUCAACAUUGUAUUUAGAUGUCUUAAUUGAAGAUGUCAACGACAAUACACCACAAUUUACUCAACCCAUUUUUACAACAGCAAUGCCAAUACCUGAGACAACACCGGUUGGGACAACUAUUCUCAUACUGAAUGCGACUGAUUUGGACUCCGGUAUAAAUGGAAUUUAUCACUUUGGUUUCAGUAAAGAUCAUUACUGGCAACCGAAUGAGAAAAUUGCUAGGCAUUACUUUGAUAUACGUCCAAAUGGUCAGAUAAUAGUUAGGCAACCACUGAAUGUAGAUAAACUUGAUCUAAAUAUUAACCAUAAUAAAAAUAACAAUAACAAUCCGAUAUUAUCAAAUUUGCGAAUACGUCAACAAUUAAAUGAUGACAUCAGUAUGCAUAACAGUAAAGGUGUUAACUUACAGUUUCGUUUUCGUGCUAUUGUUGAAGACGAAGCAACAAGACCAUAUACACGUUCAAGUGAAGCAACUGUCAUCAUACUUGUAACAGAUGAAAAUGAUGAGUCUCCCAUCAUCACAGUACGUCAUAAUCCGGAAGCGAUCAAUACAAAUACAUUAGAUAGUGUUUCGCUACCAAACCCUUUCAGUUACUUUAGCGUAUUCGAAAACCAGCCAAUUGGUACUGUUGUUGCAAGUAUACAGGUAUACGACCCAGAUUUCGGUGGACAAGAUCAGGUAGAAUGUAAUUUGAAAGAUGCCAACUUUUCUCUUACUCGUCAUGCAGCACAAAAUAAACCUGAUUAUGAUCAAAGCAAUGGAGUCAAUUCAAUAACAGAAUAUCACUUAGUCACAUCGAAGAUGUUAGAUCGUGAAAGUACAACUCAUCAAAUUGUUACAGUUAUAUGCUCUGAUAUGGUUGGACAUUAUACAGAAAGAAAUAUUACUAUUCGUAUUAUGGAUGAAAAUGAUAAUCCACCAAAAUUUUCUCAUGAUACAUUUCACUUACAAGUAGAUGAAAAUGCUCCUGUCGGUACUUUGGUUAGACAAAAGAUUCAAAAGAAUACUAGAGGUCAUUUCAAUAAUAUUUAUCAGAAUGGAUUAUCCCAGUGGCUACAGGCAACUGAUUUAGACAGUGGGAUAAAUUCUGAAAUGAAAUAUUUUCUUCUUGAAGAUGGAGUUAAUUCAACUCGGUUCAAAAUUGAUUCACUCACAGGUAUCAUUACUACAAUGGAUGUAUUUGAUAGAGAGGUGAAAGACACAUAUACUCUUAAUGUGGUUGCAGUUGAUCAUGGAACUCCUCAACUUACGGGGACAGCUACACUACAGAUAACCAUCAAUGAUUUGAAUGAUAAUGGACCGAUUUUUUCUCAAAAUGACUACACUUUUCAUAUUCAAGAGAAUCAGCCACGUAGUACAAUUGUUGGACAAGUUUCUGCAACCGAUUUAGACUCUUCUUUAUUUGCACCAUUGGAGUACAGCUUUACUGAUGACCAAGAAUCUGUUAAUUUCACCAUUGAUAAAAUAACUGGAAUCAUUCGAAGUCGUCAGUCUUUAGACCGUGAGGAGAAAUCUCAUUAUGCAUUUCGUGUUUUAGUUAAAGAUACGCGAAUGAGACUAACAGAAGUGAGUAAUAGUGGUCUUAGUGGUAGCCAUAGUAACAGUAUUAAUUCACCUCAAUCAAUGAAUAUCCAGUACACUGGAACAUCAACAGUUACAGUGAUUGUUGAUGAUGUAAAUGAUAACUGGCCAGUAUUCAUAAGUCCAAAUUCAACAGCAAAUACACUGGCUAUAGCCAUAGAUCAGAAAGUUACAGGUUAUAAACUAGCUUAUAUUCAAGCUUAUGAUAAAGAUGAUGGUGAAAAUGGUUUGAUCAGGUAUAGUAUUUUAGCUGGAAAUAACUAUGGCUUAUUCGGAUUGGAUUCAACUAGUGGGUUGUUGUAUUUAUCAAAUCCUAUCGAUCAUAAAGAUAAUAACAAAGAUAACAAGUUGCAUAACUCAUCAUCAGAUGCUUCACUGUCAAAUGACGGAUAUGAUCUAAUGCAUAUACUGCAAAAAUCAAGUAUGCACAUACUUACAUUGGAGGCAUGUGACCAUGGAAAAGAGCCUAAACCAAGAUGUACAUUAUACAACAAUUUAAAAAUUAUUAUACAGAAUAACAGAGAGAAUAACAUCAACAAUAUGGAAAAUACACAGUCACAAUACAGUUUAUUUGGUCAAGUUAUAAACAUUCCAGAGACAUUGGGAUCAUCAUCAUCAUCAGCAAUAUCAGAAAAAUCAUCUCUCUCGAUAAUGCAAACCAAUUAUGACAAUAAUCAGAAUAAUUUAAAUUCUAUUCAAGGACUGAAUGACGACAGUGUCUAUCAAAACCCGACAGCUUUACCAUACGGAAAUCUCUUGAGCAAUAAACAAAAUUAUAAGACUAUUGGUUAUACAGCCAACGAUAUUAUGAUUAUCUGUCUUUCGCUUAUAUUUUCACUGGUUCUUAUAGCAACAUUGGUUCUCGUUUGUUUGGUGCGUCGAAGAGUCACAUGGUUUAAAAGUAAAGAUAAAAAUUCAGUAAAAAGUGAACCAGUCAAUCAGUGGGGAAAUCAAACGGUCUGUCAAAAUUCAUUGAUCAAUAACCAGAAUAUGCCACCGUAUGGUUCCAAUAAACUACUACCAAGUAGUAUGAGUGAAAACACAUCAAGUAUUUGUCAUAGCCCAGAUGAAUUUUCAAAGUCAGCAACCAACAACAAAAAUAACACUAGCAAUAAUAAUAAUAAUGAUUUCAACGGGAAUUUUAUUAGCAUACAAAAUUCACUGCAUAAACCUCUCCUCCUGCCUGAUGAGUCAGGAUCUUCUAGAAGUAUCUAUCACUACACAACAUCAUUGCCGCCAACUCUAGUAACUCAGACACAAACAACAAUGCCACUGACAACUACAAUCGACUACAAACGAUAUGGCUGUAAUACACAUGAGAUGAACAAUAAGUUCCAUCAGUUGAAAACUUCAACAACUGGAAAUAAUGGUGAUGUCUUCAAUACAUUGACAACUGCUCGCAAAUCAAAUGAAAAUAACAUAACAUGUAAUAAAUUUGAUGAUUAUCAAACUCUGGAUUAUUUGGGUCUGGUCAGUUCAACAUUUUUAAACAAGCAACCAACCGUAAACCAUAAAAAUCUCGGUUUAGUAACAUACAGUCCACGUGUUAUGAAUAUGCCACGACUGGUACCGAUUACAUCAGGUGAACUGACUGUAUUCAAUCCUCACGACGCAGUAGUACAAAAUGAAAAGAAACAGUCAUUUACACCAAUCAAUUACAAUCCUAAUCUAGACGAUUCAUCAUAUCAGAUAGCGCAUUUUCAUUCACAGUCACAACCACAAUCAAUGAACGGGGGAUAUAAAACACUGCCAACAUUUUCAAAUAGUAGCCAAAUAGUACAAGAUGUUAAUUCAACAUUUGUUCCAGCUUAUAAUCAAUAUCCCAAUAAUGUAAAUACUUAUAACUUUAAUAAUACUAAUCAUAAUAAAGUUGGUAAUAUGCUACUACCUUAUCAGGUGAUGGCUACAAGUAUUAUCAAUUUAAACAAUUGGAAUUAUCCUAAAUAUCCAAGUCAAUCACACACAUAUUAUGAUAUUAGACAACCUGACAUUAAACGUAAUAAAUCUGCCAUGACUAAAUCAAAAUCUCAGCAAUUAUCCAUUAAUACUAAACAUCACGUACUUAGUAAUGAUAUCAAUGAGAAGAAUAGUCUAAUGGAAACUUCAGCCAACUGGGAUGAGAUUAAAACCCCUGGAAUUACCAGUGAUACUAAUGAUGUCAAUAAUAAUAAGAAUUCUGUUUUAUUAACAGAAUUUCCAGGAUCUUGGAAUGAAAUGCAGAAAUGCACAUCUAAUAAUAAUAAUAAUGCAACAGCAUCUGAAAACUGGAUAACACCAUCAGAACAUAAUUUUCAAAAUCACAAUAACAGUAGUUUUACUGCCAACCUCACUCCUGUUGCUUUAAAUAACUCUGUGUCUACAACAGCUAAUGCAGAAGAAGCACACACUACCAGUGAAAGUCAUGUUAACAAUAAGGAUAAAUUUACCAAUGAAAGUCAUAGUUCAAAUCGAGGAAAACAAAAAGAACUGAAGGAAUCUGGAAAAUAUAUGUCAGCUGCUUUAAGAGAAUCUAGUUUUGUAUAAAAAAUAAAUCUCCUGAUUUCAUUUCAAAUUUUAAAAAUAAUAUCCAAGGGCUGUACGAUUAACCAUCUGUAAUCUUCAAAAUGUUUGUGCAUUUUUUAUGGUCAGAAAUUUACAAACUUGACAGAAACUUAAAACACGCUGCAGUUUACAGUUAUCCUAAAUGUGUGUUUUUUGUCUUGUAUUUAAUACUUAUUUUAA